AUGCUCAGGAGCGAGUUUGGGUGGAGCGAAAUAGUGUGCGGCCUUCGCACGACCUGCCUUAGCAACCUACGCCUGGUCUUCCUGCCGCCUAACACGACGGCCUUCACCCAGCCGCUCGACCAGGGGAUAAUUGCAACCGCCAAGGCGCGCUACCGCCAGCACUGGUUGCGGGCCUUCACGGCGCUAUGGAACGCGGACGGAGCCACCAGCGCCGCCGCGCGGUUUCGCCCGAAUCUGCGCGACGUCCUGGCGUGGCUCUCGGACGCGUGGACCGGCAUCGGUCCGCGCACCAUCCAGCGGUGCUGGUGGCGUACGGGGUGCCUCCCGCAUUCGUGGGCCAUGGAGCUGCCGCACGUGCAUGACGACGAGCCCACCCCGUCCGCCUAUCCCGACAUCGAGCUUGAUGACGAGAUAGGCGACGUCGGGACUCUCAUCUCUGGGCUUCGUCUCGGGCAUGGGGCGAUGUCCGCGGCUGAUUACGUGGCCAUCGACGAUGGUGAGCCGACGUGCGCCGAGGGCGCGGCGGAUCCGACUGAGCCGGAUGCGGGCUGGGGGGUGGAAAUGUGGGAGGCGACCACCACCAUACAGGCCGUGUAUGAGGAUGCCGACCCCGUGAGCCGUGAAGCGCGUCGCACGGCUCGAGCGGCGUGCGAGAUGCUCAUUGGCUAUGCGCGCGCCAUCAGCAUCCAGCCGCGCGACCUGUGCCACCUUUUCGACAUCCGCAACCCGGUGAUCAUUGCGCGCAUGGAGCGGGCGAGCCCGCCCAUUAAUCUCAACGUGACCCCGCCGGCCGCGCGCACGCCAGGCGCAACACCGACGCCCGACACCCCGCGUCCGCGGGGCCGAGUGCUGCCUGGCUGGAUGACCCAGCCUUCCCGCCGUCAGCAGCUGCUGGACGCCGGUGUUGGCGCCGUGAUGGGCGGGUACACAGACGAGGCGGAGUGGAUGCGUCUGUGA